GUGGACAGUGUGGAACAGAGUCUCUCUCUCUCGUUGGUCAGUGUUCUCUUUCCUCUCAGAUUUCCUUUUCCGACUGCUCUGAACCCAACCCACACGCCGGUAACUAUAAAACACUUUCUUCUUCUUCACGUGUGCUGCAAUUGAAGCCAUAACUAGGUCUUAGUUGCGCAGAAAUGAAGUGAAAAUAUUGAUUCUUAUGUUCCAAAUUUGUUCGCCAUAUACAUAAAAUUUGUGCAAUAUGGAAACUGAAAAAACUGAUAUUUCAAAGGCUGAAGAAUUCAAACAACUUGCCAAUGAAGCAUUCAAUGCACGGAAAUAUGCCCAAGCCAUUGAUUUAUAUACACAAGCAAUUGAGCUAAACAGUCGCAAUGCAGUUUACUGGGCUAAUCGUGCCUUUGCUCAUCUUCGGCUUGAAGAGUAUGGUAGUGCUAUACAAGAUGCUACAAUGGCUAUUGAAGUUGAUCCCAAAUAUUCGAAGGGUUAUUACAGAAGAGGUGCUGCUCAUCUUGGGCUAGGAAAAUUCAAGGACGCACUUAAGGAUUUUCAGCAGGUCAAGAAAAUGUGUCCAAAUGAUCCCGAUGCAACAAAGAAAUUGAGGGAAUGUGAAAAGGCAGUUAUGAAACUUAAAUUUGAAGAAGCCAUUGCUGCACCAGAGUCUCAAAGGCGUUCAGUAGCCGAAUCUAUAGAUUACCAUUCAAUAGGAAAGGGCCACAAUUAUUCGGUGCCUACCGAAGUGGCCAUAGCAGCAGUAACAGUAGCAGUUAUGGCAGCGUUGGUGAUGUUCAAGACAUCAAAAGCCACAAUAAUAAGUGCAAUUGUGAUUGGUUUGCUGUUGCUCCUUGGGGCAUAUUGGUGGAGUGGCCGCAAUACUGAUGUUGAGGCACAGUAUUCAGGAGCAAGAAUAGAGGGGGAUGUAGUUACCUUGGAAUUUGUAAAGAAAAUGAUGGACGAUUUCAAGAAUCAGAAGUGCUUACAUAAACGGUAUGCUUACCAGAUUGUAUUGCAAACAAGAGAGUUGUUGCAAGCCUUGCCUUCUCUUGUUGAUAUAACAGUUCAUGAUGGAAAACAUUUUACUGUUUGUGGUGAUGUGCAUGGUCAGUUCUAUGAUCUUUUGAAUAUUUUUGAGCUUAAUGGACUUCCUUCAGACGAUAAUCCAUAUCUAUUCAAUGGUGACUUUGUGGAUAGAGGAUCUUUCUCUUUGGAAGUCAUCCUCACUCUGUUUGCGUUUAAAUGCAUGUCGCCAUCAGCAAUAUACCUAGCUAGAGGAAAUCAUGAGAGCAAGAGCAUGAACAAGAUAUAUGGUUUUGAGGGUGAGGUGCGCUCAAAGUUGAGUGACACAUUUGUGGAACUAUUUGCAGAAGUAUUUUGCUGUUUGCCUUUGGCUCAUGUGAUAAAUUCGAAAGUUUUUGUCGUUCAUGGGGGUCUUUUUAGUGUUGAUGGGGUGAAACUCUCUGACAUACGAGCAAUUAAUCGGUUUUGUGAGCCUCCAGAAGAAGGAUUGAUGUGUGAAUUGCUCUGGAGUGAUCCACAACCCCUCCCUGGACGAGGCCCAAGUAAGCGUGGUGUAGGUCUUUCUUUUGGUGCAGAUGUGACGAAAAGGUUUUUGCAAGAAAAUCAUUUAGAUUUAGUUGUGCGAUCUCAUGAAGUAAAGGACGAGGGUUAUGAAAUUGAGCAUGAUGGUAAACUCAUAACUGUUUUUUCUGCUCCAAAUUACUGUGACCAGAUGGGUAACAAAGGUGCCUUUAUUCGAUUUGAAGCUCCUGAUUUGAAACCUAACAUUGUCACAUUCACAGCAGUGCCACAUCCUGAUGUCAAGCCAAUGGCUUAUGCAAACAACUUCCUCCGGAUGUUCUCAUAAGAUCUGCCACAUUUGACCAUUGUUGUCUUGUAUAAUAUUUUUGCCACAACAUUAUUAAAAUUGAUUUUUUUUGGGGGGUACUCUUAAUGUUUUUUUUUUUUUUUCUUUAAAAUGAUUGGUUAACAAACUGUAAGGAAAUUUACAUGUUCAUCACUCUGUGCUUAGGUAAAUGCAUGUCUAGUGAACAUUUAUUUACUCAGAAGUUUGCAUACUUGUACCAUUUACUUCAAUGGAGGAUUGAUUUUUUCCA